AUGGCGAAUACGUUAGGGAAGAUCUGGAUUGGGUGGAAUAAGGUUGUUUUUUAUGUUAUUUUAGUGAAAGAGGAGGCUCAAACUAUGCUUCUUAAAGUUAAACAUUUUCAUUUAGGUCUCACAUUUUGGGUUUCUUCUAUCUAUGCUGCUAACACAGUUCAAGAAAGAAAGGUAUUGUGGUCUGAUUUGAAAAUUCAUGCUUCCUUAAUGGAUGAGCCGUGGCUUGCUUUAGGAGACUGGAAUAUGGUUCAUUUUCAUAAAGAGAAAUUAGGUGGUUUGAGGGUUACUCAGGCCAAUCUUGAUGAAGUUAACUUACUUGUUAAGGACCUAAAAAUGGAAGACAUUCCAAUUAAUAAUGGGACUUGUUUUGCAGUUAAGUGGCAUAUGGACAGUUCUGAAGGUCCUAAGCCCUUUAAAUUUCUGAAGAUUUGGUGCUUGCAGCAUGAAGUUGAGGAUGUUAUAGCUCAAGCUUGGAGUUGUGCUGUCUCUGGAAAUCCUUUUCAUCAGCUGCAAAGGAAGCUUAGAGAGAUUAAAGCUGCUAUUAAGCUUCAGCUUCUGAAUGAUCAUCUGAAUCAAGACUUGAUUGAUAAGGAGAGAGCUUUAAGCCUUGAUCUUCAACAUUCUUGUGAUCUUGAGGAAGUUGUUUGGGCUCAGAAAUCUCGUCUCACUUGGCUUAAGGAGGGAGAUAAAUGUUCAGCUUUCUUUCAUAAUGUGGUCAAGUAG